AUGAAAAAAUUAUAUAAUUUAAAAAGGUGACACCAUAUUGAACCCAAAAAAUUUACUUUUCAAUCGUAUUUAAUUAAAACCUGAAGUAAUUUUAUUUGGACAACCUAUUUAGGAAAUAGGCGACAAGAAUUUAAAGAGAAAAUAAAUAGAAUCAAGAAGAAAAGGUCUAUUGUAUUCAGAUGAUAAUUAUAGACACUUAAAUAGUGUUGGUAAUUAGUCUUGAAGAUAUAGUAUUCAUGAAUAAUCAAUAAAUUAGAAUUAACAAUAAAUAAUAAUUGAGAACCAUUUGUUUUAUAGAAUUAUAUAAAAAUUACUAUAAAUUACUUAAAAAAAGAAGAUAUCCCUUUAACUUUAAAUUCAAAGAGAUUAAUGAAUUGCUAUAGUUAAUAGAAAAUAAGAAAAGAGUAAGUAACCAAAAGAAUAUCAAUUUGUAAAAUAUGAGAAUAGUUAAUAAGAAAAACAAGUUAUUUAUAAUAUUUUAGAUAAAUGACGAGAUUUUCUUAAAUUUAAUGAACAGAAAUUAGGAAAUAAUUAAAUUAAAAAGUUUAAUCAAUUAAAAAAUUAUCAUCCAGAUACUGAAUAAGAAUAAAAAAUUUCAAACAUCAAUUUGA